GAUUCGGUUGGGUUAAUUUGUAACUAUAGAAGGUAGAGUUCAUAAAGUUGUCAAUCCCAUGGGAAAUGACCCAUCAACCACUUAUCCCUAUCCUCUCUGUAUUAUAUAUAUAUAGGAUGUCUGACGAUACGUCUACUCAAGGAGAGAUGGUGGGGUGGCAAGGUUGGAUUGCGGUGGUUGCCGUGAUGGCAGCAACAGUAAUUACAAUCAAUGAACGCGGCGGAGUAGUUACCGGAGCAAAAGUAACAUACGACCGCCGAUCUCUUAUCAUUGACGGUAAAAGAAAAAUUCUGUUUUCGGGCUCAAUUCAUUAUCCUCGCAGCACCCCAGAGAUGUGGCCAUCUUUGAUAGCUAAAGCCAAGGAAGGGGGACUAGAUGUCAUUCAAACAUAUGUGUUUUGGAACCUGCACGAACUUCAACCUGGAGUGUAUGAUUUCAGUGGAAGAAAUGAUUUGGUGAAAUUUAUAAGGGAAAUCGAAAGACAAGGUCUUUAUGUAUGCCUUAGGAUUGGACCCUUUAUUGAGAGUGAAUGGACUUAUGGGGGGCUUCCUUUUUGGUUGCAUGACGUUCCUGACAUUGUUUAUCGAUCCCAUAAUGGGCCCUUCAAGUUUUACAUGCAAAAUUUUACCACAAAAAUAGUGAACUUGAUGAAGUCAGAGGGUUUAUAUGCACCACAAGGACCCAUAAUAUUAUCACAGAUUGAGAAUGAAUAUGGAAACGUUGAAGGAUCUUUUGGGCGAUUGGGAGUCCCAUAUGUUCAUUGGGCAGCAGCAAUGGCUGUUGGACUCCAAACAGGUGUGCCAUGGAUUAUGUGCAAGCAAAACGAUGCUCCAGAUCCAGUGAUUAAUACAUGCAACGGAUUUAGAUGCGGGGAAACUUUUGGAGGGCCCAAUUCCCCUUCAAAGCCCUCACUUUGGACAGAGAAUUGGACUUCGUUCUAUCAAGUAUAUGGGGGACAAGUUUAUGUACGCUCGGCUCAAGAUAUUGCAUUUCAUGUGGCUCUUUUCAUUGCGAAAAAUGGAAGCUACGUGAAUUAUUACAUGUACCAUGGCGGAACAAAUUUCGGCAGAUCAGCCUCAGCUUAUGUAACAACAGCUUAUUAUGAUCAAGCUCCACUUGAUGAAUAUGGUUUAAUUAGGCAGCCAAAAUGGGGCCAUCUUAAGGAGCUUCAUGCUGCAAUCAAGAAUUGCUCUUCAGCGUUAUUAGAGGGAGCUCAAACUACUCUGUCCUUGGGUGAACUUCAGCAGGCAUAUGUUUUUGAAGCACAAGGAGUUGGCUGUGCUGCAUUUCUUGUCAAUAAUGAUUCAAGCAAUGCUACUGUUCAAUUCAGAAGUAACUCAUUUGAGUUGCUUCCUAAGUCCAUCAGUAUUUUACCUGACUGUGACACUCAAAACGUAGCCUUCAACACCGCCAAGGUGACAGUAGAGUCUAACGGGAGAAUCACAACAUCAAGUGAAAAACUAAAUGGCGUUGACAGGUGGGAAAAAUAUGUAGAAGUCAUUCCCAAUUACGCAGAUACCAUAAUCAGAUCAAAUACUUUGUUGGAGCACAUGAACAUAACCAAAGAUCAAUCAGAUUAUCUUUGGUACACUUUGAGCUUCCAGCCUAAUUCGUCUUGCACUGAACCCCUACUUCAUGUGGAGUCUCUUGCACAUGUUGCAUAUGCUUUUGUCAACGACAAAUAUGCAGGAUCGGAACAUGGAAGUAAAACUGACAAGGGUCCAUUUACCAUGAAAUUGCCGAUUGCCUUAAAUGACAGCGGAAGCAAUAAUAUUUCUAUUCUCAGUGUUAUGGUUGGAUUACCGGAUUCGGGAGCUUUUCUGGAGAAGAGAUACGCUGGCUUAACCAGUGUGGAAAUUCAAUGCACUAAAGAGAAAGACUUUUAUAAUUUUACAGAUAAUUACCAAUGGGGAUAUCAGGUUGGGCUAUUCGUUGAGAACCUACAAAUUUACAAAGAAGAACUCUUGGAUAGGGUUAAUUGGACUAAGGCUAAUAUGUCGUCCACUACUCAACCACUUACAUGGUAUAAGAUAGAAUUUGACACUCCUGAAGGAAAUGAUCCAGUGAUCUUAAAUCUUAGCAAAAUGGGUAAAGGCAUGGCGUGGAUUAACGGACAAAACAUUGGUCGCUAUUGGGUUUCGUUUCUUACCUUCAAAGGUCAUCCUUCACAAGCAUCGUACCAUAUUCCUCGAGCUUUCCUUAAUAGUGCUUCUGGAAACCUUUUAGUUAUACUAGAAGAAUCCGACGGAGAUCCUCUGGAUAUUUCAUUGGACACAAUUUCAACCAAAAGUAAUCAAUUUCGCCCAAAGAUUAAUCCAAAGCAGCAUGUUCAAAUAUUUUGAUAAUGGUUAUUAUAUUAUAAUAUUGAAUAAAUUAUUCCUAAUUUGUAUUCUUAAUUCAAUGUGGGAUGAAUGCUCAAUUUAGACCCUUAGCUUGGGUCCAAUGAACAAAAAGCUAAACAAUGAGCUUUCAUUUUCAA